AUGUUACUCCUAAACGAGCCUACAGUAUACACAACUCGCUGUUAUAGUUGCGCGAGUACAGCUUAUCUGAGUCUAUGGAAUCAACUCAUGCAUCAUUAUUUCCCACCGAAGAACUUCACGGAGCGCUGUUGGCAUCCGGAUAGCGAUGUGGGCACUGUGCACUGCUCGACGGCUUGCUUCACGCUUGUCGAGCACGUUUACGAGCAUUUUUCAGUUUCAUCUCAUGCUGUGAUGCGAGGAUGUGUUGAUAGAUUUUUGUUGUUCGGAUUGGAUGAGGAUGUGCGAGAUGCAUUGGUGGAUAGGAACGAGUGCCGGGCCACUGAUAGGCAAUUGCUGCACUUGGUAUCGCUGACGCCUGAUACCGAUCUGGUCGGUUAUUUUUCAUUAUCGAAACCCAACACUGCUCACAAUCACGAACACUUCAUCACUGAACACACUCUCUAUAUCACCAAAUACAGAUAA